UUAAAAACAAUCCUAUAGCUGUAAAGAAUGCAAUCCUAUGCGCUGGCCAUAACCCUGUUUAUGGGUAUAACAACUGCCACUGCAGAUGUCAACUUAACAAUAUACUAUGAGAGCCUGUGUCCUGCUAGUAUUGCAACUGUUGUUCACCAACUUUACCCUGCUUGGACACUCUUCGGUGCCAAGCUCAAUGUUCUUCAUAAACCGUUUGGUAAGGCCAACUGGACUGAAACAGAUGAUGCUAUAGAGUUCACUUGCCAGCAUGGCGAAGAUGAGUGUUAUGGAAACAUGGCUCAAGCUUGUCUGCUCAACCUUCUCCCUGCUCAAACUGAUAUUAACCCUGUGGUUUAUUGUAUGAUGAAAGCUGCUUAUCCACCAGUAGCGGGUGGUCAGUGUAUUGAAGAGUUGGCAAGUCCUACUUCAGUUGACGCUCUCAUGGACUGUAUUAGAGGAACAGAAGGACCAGCACUGCUGAGGGUACUGGGAGUAGAAACGCAUAGCCUUGUACCUGCUCUGACAUCUGUGCCUUGGAUAACAUUUAAUGGUGUCUACAACGCAGAUGAUCAUCAUAAUGCAUUGAAUGAUUUAAAGGGUGUCCUCUGCUCUAAGUAUCUACAGAGUGAACCUGAAUGCUAGACCCUGUAAAAUUAAGAUUUUCGGAACAAAAAAUAAAUCUGUUGCAAAUACA